CCGACGGCACCAUGAGCCGCCUGGGUCCCCGCCUCUGGCUGGUGCUACAGGUGGUGGGGGCGUGCGCGGCCAUCAGCUCCAUGGACAUCGACAGGCCAGGCGAGGGCAAGUGCCAGCCCAUCGAGAUCCCUAUGUGCAAGGACAUCGGCUACAACAUGACCCGCAUGCCCAACCUCAUGGGCCACGAGAAUCAGCGUGAGGCGGCCAUCCAGCUGCACGAGUUCGCUCCACUGGUGGAGUACGGCUGCCACGGCCACCUCCGCUUCUUUCUAUGCUCCCUCUAUGCGCCCAUGUGCACCGAGCAAGUCUCCACCCCCAUCCCCGCCUGCCGGGUCAUGUGCGAGCAGGCCCGGCUCAAGUGCUCCCCCAUUAUGGAGCAGUUCAACUUCAAGUGGCCUGACUCGUUGGACUGCAGCAAGCUCCCCAACAAGAAUGAUCCCAACUACCUGUGCAUGGAGGCCCCCAACAAUGGCUCCGAUGAGCCCGCCCGCGGCUCUAGCAUGUUCCCGCCGCUCUUCCGGCCCCAGCGGCCCCCCAGCCCCCCGGAGCAGCAGCAGCCUAAGGACGGCUUGGGCCGCUCGGGCUGCAGCAACCCGGGCAAGUUCCACCACGUGGAGAAGAGCUCCUCCUGCGCGCCCCUCUGCACUCCUGGAGUGGACGUGUACUGGAGCCGGGCGGACAAGCAGUUCGCCGUGGUGUGGUUGGCCAUCUGGGCGGUUCUCUGCUUUUUCUCCAGCGCCUUCACUGUGCUCACCUUCCUUAUCGAUCCUCCCCGCUUCAGGUACCCAGAGCGCCCCAUCAUCUUCCUCUCUAUGUGCUACUGCGUCUACUCCGUGGGCUACCUCAUCCGCCUGUUCGCCGGGGCGGAGAGCAUCGCCUGUGACAGGGACAGCGGCCAGCUCUACGUCAUCCAGGAAGGGUUAGAGAGCACCGGUUGCACCAUCGUCUUCUUGGUCCUCUACUACUUUGGCAUGGCCAGCUCGCUCUGGUGGGUCAUCCUCACUCUUACCUGGUUCCUGGCCGCAGGGAAGAAGUGGGGCCACGAGGCCAUCGAAGCCAACAGCAGCUACUUCCACCUUGCUGCCUGGGCCAUCCCUGCGGUCAAGACCAUCAUGAUCCUGGUGAUGAGGAGGGUGGCUGGGGAUGAGCUGACAGGCGUGUGCUAUGUGGGCAGCAUGGACGUGAAUGCACUCACUGGCUUUGUCCUGGUCCCCUUGGCCUGCUACCUCAUCAUUGGCACCUCCUUCAUCCUCUCGGGCUUCGUGGCCCUCUUCCACAUUCGGAGGGUGAUGAAGACAGGGGGCGAGAACACAGACAAACUGGAGAAGCUCAUGGUCCGCAUCGGGGUCUUCUCCGUGCUGUACACGGUGCCGGCCACCUGCGUGAUCGCCUGCUAUUUCUACGAGCGCCUCAACAUGGAUUAUUGGAAGGUGCUGGCAGCCCAGCACAAAUGCAGGGUGAACAACCAGACUAAAGCCCCGGACUGCAUGAUGAGCAGCUCCAUCCCUGCCGUGGAGAUCUUUAUGGUCAAAAUGUUCAUGCUGCUGGUGGUGGGCAUCACCAGCGGCGUGUGGAUUUGGACUUCCAAGACGCUGCAGUCUUGGCAGAACGUGUGCAGCCGGCGCUUGAAGAAAAGGAGCAGGAGGAAACCUACCACGGUGAUCACAGCCAGUGGAAUCUACAAAAAAGCCCAGCACCCCCAAAAAGGUCACCACGGGAAGUACGAAGCAGCCACACAGCCACCCACCUGCGUGUGAAGGGGGGAGGGAGCAGUCGGGACUUCUGGGGGGCCUGAACAGCUCAAGAAAGCUGUUUCCCACUGCAAAAGACUUGUACAGGACUCCAGGGAAAGGGCUGGGGGAACUAAGCCCUGGUGCUUUUCUCAGACAGUAUUUGGGGGUGAGGGGAGGUUUUUAAGUUAAAAAAAAAAAGAUUAUUGCCCUGAAAUUCAGGAUGUUGCCAUACACUUCCGAGUUAAAUAUACUUAAGAGUUUAAUUCGAAACAAAUAUCAUCAGUGAAAUGGCCUCUUCUGUUUACCAGUUUGAAGCAGCU